AUGGGGAUCGUUCACAUUGUGAUGUUCGCGUUCGAGCCUCUGGCUCCUCCCGAUGAGGUCCAGAAGGUCUGCGAUGCAAUGCUGGCUCUCAAGGACAACUGCAUCCACCCAGAGACCAAGCAGCCGUACAUAAAGACUGGGAAGGGAGGAAAGGACAACAGUCCCGAGGGGAAACAGAAUGGAAUCUCGCACAUAUUCAUCAGCGAGUUUGAGAAUGAGAAGGAUCGGGAGUAUUACCUGAAUGAAGACCCGGCCCACCUGGCAUUCGUCAAGAGCCUUGAUGGUAUAGUUGCGAAGGGGCAGGUGGUCGACUUCACUCCUGGAGUCUUCUAA